AUGAGCUGUAAUAGAGCUAUUAUUAUUGAUUUGAAAAAUAUUGCAUUUGAUGAAUCUAAUGUUGUAAUGUACAAUGAAAAGAGAGAAUUAAGUGAUUUGUCUGAAAAAUUAGCUCCAUGUACAAGUGUUUAUGACAACACAUUCUUUAAUGGGUCUGUUCUUAUUGGUAUCAAAGAUUCAUCACAAGAUGAUGGAAAAGAUUCAACCAAAGCUGAUAAUAUUAAUACAGAAUGGAGAAACUCUGAUUCUUUCGUAGCCUUUAUUGAUGAUAUGCUUAAUAGAAUUAUUACUUUACAAUUUACUUCUGUAAAUGUUGUUAAAGACUUUAAACAGAAUAUUGAACAAUUAGUGAAUGAAAUUCAAAAAACAGGUCAAGUUGUAGAAUUGUUUAGAGAUUUCUUAUUGUAUGAACAGUUGUUACUAUUAUAUGCUGUAGUUUGUAGAUUUUCAAAGGUAAUUUCUACAAUUGGUUUAAGAUGGAUCACCAGUUUGGAAGAUAAAACAUUGGAAAAGACAAUUGAACAUAUUAACACUUGCUCCUUCGUUUUGAAUGUUUUAUUCUCUAAAUCUAAAUUACUUUAA